AUGUGGAGCUGGAUGUUCACCGUCACUUUCUUGCUGUCCUCCAUGAAACGUGCUGAAGCUCAGGGCAGGUGUAAUAAUGUGCAAGCAGCAGAUAUUGUUUUCUUGAUUGAUGGGUCUUCAAGUAUUGGCCGAUCAAACUUUCUUCAAGUGAAGGCCUUCAUGGCUGGAAUUGUAAAACCCUUUGAGAGUGCUGUCAGCGACUCGGGAAUUCGGUUUGGGGCUGUGCAAUACAGUGACACGUCAAGGGUUGAGUUCACCUUAAAUACAUACCUGAAUGGCACUCAGCUUAUCAACGCGGUGCAGGAUAUAAGCUAUAAGGGUGGAAACACGCGCACUGGAGCUGGUCUUAAGUUUGUCUAUGAUAGUUUCUUCAACCCUGCAUCCAUGCGGGAUGUCCCAAAGGUCACUAUCCUGAUCACAGAUGGGAAAUCUCAGGAUGGUGUGCAGGAGCCAUCACAGAAGCUGCGCGGUCAGGGAGUGAAAGUUUUUGCAGUGGGAAUAAAGAGUGCAGACAGGAAUGAACUGGCUCAGAUAUCAUCGCAGCCCAGCAGUGAUUUCACCUCUUUUGUUGGGGACUUUAAACUACUAAACACACUUCUUCCUCUUGUUAGCCCUCAAGUGUGUUCAGUUGCAGGAGGAGUCUAUGCGAGUGAUGAGGCAUUUUCUGGUCCAUCCAACAUUCAGUUCACAGGCCAGACAACAGACUCUCUCAGGCUCCGCUGGAAUCCUGCAGGGGGACCUGUGACUGGCUAUGCAAUCCAGUAUGUGCCACUCUCUGGUCUGGGCCAGCCCAUCAUUGCAGAAUUGCGACAGGAAAGCGUCUCAGCCACUCAGAGGACCUUCACUGCACGAGAGCUCAGGUCAGGAACAGACUACCUUGUGACUGUCAUCGCCCAGUACCCCAACAGUGUUGGCGAGUCGACUUCUGCCAAGCAAAGAACCAGGUCGUUACCAGGUGUCUCCAGUCUACGCUUGGUGCAGGCAGGCUUCUUCUCUCUCUCUGUUGGAUGGGACAAAUCUUCAACUUCCCUCCAGGGCUACAGACUCACCUAUGGGCCCCGAGGUCAGCCAGCGGCUCAGUUACUGGAGCUGUCACUGCCUGCAGACGCCACAUCUGUCACCCUGGAGUCUCUUCAGCCCGACACAGAGUACGUCAUCAACCUGUACGCUUUGUUCCCCCGCAACGCUGCCACCCCGUCCAUCCUCAAUGCUCGAACCUUGCGUCUGGAGGCGGUGCAGCAGCUGUCAGUGGACACGGUGUCAGAGGGCAGCGUUCGUGUGCGAUGGCGGCACGUCACUGGUGCCCAACUGUACCGAUUAGUAUGGGGAGCCUUCACAGGUCAAACAUUUGAGACAGUUGAGCUUGCUGGAGACAGUGAGUUCUUUACUCUGUCCAGGCUCCAACCUGAAACUGAAUACAUCGUCACGGUCAUCCCGCUGUAUGAGCGAAACACGGAAGGGCCUGCAGCCACAGCCAGAUUCAAGAUAGAGCGUGCAGAACUGCAGGUUCUCAAUGCAGCCGUCUCCGGACCCUCAUCGAUCCGACUCAACUGGAGACUCAUUCAGUCUGCGCUGGGGUACCGCCUGGAGUGGAGGGAGGGGGAAGGAGGGCGUGUUCAGAGCCUGUCCUUUCCUCGAAGCACCACGAGCUACGAGCUGACAGGCCUUCGGCCACAAACAAAAUACAUCUUCACCUUGUACACGCAGCUUGAAGGGCGGGAGGUGGCCACGCCCGUCUCCACUGAAGGCAGAGAGGACCAGCCGGUGGGAAGUGUGUCCAACCUGAGGGUGGUCGAGUCACUGGGAAGCAUUGUCAGACUUGGCUGGACGGGUGUAACUGGAGCCACACAGUACCGAAUCAUCAUCCUGAACACGGAUGAUGGAACAGAAAAACUCCUAACUAUUCCUGGAAACCAGACGACCUUUGACCUCAAAGAUCUGAUAGUCGGAGUGUCGUAUGGCGUCAGUGUCACAGCAGAGGUGGGAGAGAAUGAGGGCGAACCCGUGACUGUCUACAUCAAACCAGAACAAGAAAUAAGGACAGUGAGCAAUGUCAGAGUAACCAACGCAAACAGUCGGAGAAUUCGAAUUGCCUGGGAUGGAGUUACUGGUGCAACGGGUUACAGAGUCACCUGGAAACAAGGAAACAAUGCAGAGCAAGCUCGUGUUCUGGGAGCAGAGGCCACAGCUUUCACCAUGGACAACCUGCAGCCGGACGAGGCACUGGUAAUUGGUGUUGCAGCUGUUGUUGAUCAGCGUGUUGGAGAAGAGGUCACGCUGUCUGCACGGACUAACCCCUCCAGUGGAACGUUGUCUGGAUUUCGCAUCACAGAUAUCUCGGCACAGAGAAUACGCAUUGCAUGGUCGCCGGUUUUUAGGGCAACAGGAUACAAGAUCACUUGGCGUCGUGAUGAUGGACUUGAAACAACUCGUACCGUAGCGUCCAGCGUUUCUUCCUACACUAUUGAUGGUCUUCAGCCGAACUCAGCCUACACUGUCCAAGUUUCUGCCCUGGCUGGCUCUCGAGAGGGAACUCCUUCCAUUCUGAAUGUUAGAACAGAAUUAGACCAGUCAGUUGUUGGGACCGUGACAUCUUUGCAAGUCCAGGAGACCCUAGGAGAAGUUAUCCGAGUCACUUGGGUUGGUGUGCAGGGAGCAACAGCUUAUCGCAUCUCUUGGAGGAGAACAGAUGGUGGUGAAGAGAGGAGCCAGCUGGUGGGUGGAGAUGUGGCAGCAGUGGAUCUGGACCAGCUUGACCCUGGAGUUCAGUAUGAGGUGCAGGUCAAGGCUUUAGUUCAAAACAGAGAAGGAACCCCUGUUUUUGCCACGAUCACCACACCUGGUUAUAACACCCGGCCUCCCUCACUCCCAACCACGACGCUACGAGCAACAGAAGUUACCCAUGAUUCUGUGCGGCUUGACUGGGCUUUUGUUCCAGGCACAACAGGGUACAUCCUCCAGUGGAAAGAGGAGACGGACGUUGGCCGAGGCUUGUCUGUUAGUCUUCCUCCGUCGUCCAGCUCAUACCUGGUGACCGGUCUGCGUCUGGGCCGGCGAUAUAGAUUUACCAUACAGCCCACUUUUUCAAGCGGACUGGCAGCAGAGACCUUUGUAGAUGAACGCACUGUGUGUCUGGGUGGACGUCUCGAUGUGGUGUUUCUGGUGCCUGCUUCUACCGAUCGGAUUGAUCUGGAAAGACCUCUGCGUGAACUCCUCACAAGUGUAGCGGGGUCACUCGCCACUAUCGGACCCAGAGACUCACAGGUAGGGGUUGUCGUUUAUGGCUUCAGACCCAAAAUAUGGUUCCUGCUCAAUCGUCAUACCAGAUCUGACACGCUGCUCCAAGAAAUCCAGUCCACACCCUAUGAUGAAAGCCCAGGGAGUAACAUUGGUGAGGCGGUGACUUUCGCUCGUCAGUACCUGCUGAUCCCCUCAGCUGGACGGAGACCCCGGGUGCCUGGUGCUGUCGUCAUCAUCGCUGACAGAAAGUCUGUCGACAACCUGACCCUCGCAGCCAACAGUCUGAGAACUGCAGGUGUGACGGUGCUGGCUGUGGCCAUAGACCAAGCAGACACGGAGGAGCUGCGUCGAGCUGUGACGGACCGCAGCACCCAGAACAUCCUGUAUACUCCAGAUGCAGCUCAGCUCAACUCACUACAUGCUGACUUGGCAGACUUGCUGUGUGGUAUCGCCAGAAUACCAGAGACGUCUCCAGGAUCAGACCAGUGCACCGUCCAGUGUCCUCGGGGUGAGAAGGGCGACCGUGGUGAGCAGGGGGAGAGGGGUAGAGAUGGUGCAGAUGGACGCAAGGGGGAGCCUGGUCGUGAUGGUUUGCCAGGGAGGGAGGGCCCCAGAGGUCCUGAAGGACGACCUGGUCCACCGGGACAGUCAGUCCCCUUCGACCCCUCUCUGGGGGUUAAAGGGGGAAAGGGGGAGAGAGGUUUUCCUGGUGUUGAUGGAAAUCCAGGGUUACCGGGACGACCAGGUGCUCCUGGAAAUGCAGGUGUCCCAGGCUCACAAGGCCUUCCUGGAGUCAGAGGAAGCCCAGGUGAACCAGGUGGACAGGGGCCGCUGGGACCAAAGGGGGAUAGAGGUGAAAGGGGUGAGCCAGGCUCAGCUGUAUCUGGAGGGGGUCUUCCAGGAAGGAAAGGAGAACCAGGCAUCCCAGGAAUACCGGGUACUCCAGGUCGACCAGGCAGUGACGGGGCCAAAGGAUCUCACGGAGUUUCAGGGACACCAGGUCAGGAUGGUCGCCCAGGCAUACCGGGAGCUCCGGGAGUUUCCAUCAAGGGGGAUAAGGGCAGUCCAGGAGAGAGGGGACCUUCGGGAGUGGGAAGUGGGGUGGCUGUGAAGGGCGAGAGGGGCUCCCCUGGAAUUCCAGGAACUCCAGGAACAUCAGGCGCUAGAGGGCCACUGGGACCUCAGGGCAGCAAAGGAGAAAAAGGUGAUGAAGGUGCUGGACUGCCUGGACCUCCAGGAAAGCAAGGAGAACCUGGGGACCGGGGUCUGCGUGGGCCUGCAGGUGAACUUGGCAGCAAGGGUGACCGAGGUCAGCCGGGUGAGCCUGGGACUCGAGGAGACAGGGGGGAGCGAGGCCCGGCUGGUGAGACUGGGGAGAAAGGGGAUGCAGGGAAGCCAGGAACCUCAGGAUCACCAGGACUGAGGGGUUUACCAGGACCAAGCGGAUCACAAGGAGAAAAGGGAAAUGAAGGCGCUCGAGGGGAGCCGGGAAGAAACGCUUUAGGAUUACCAGGAAAUAAAGGAGAUCAGGGGGGCCGAGGCCUUCCUGGUUCUGAGGGUCCGAGGGGAGAGAAGGGAGAGCCUGGACAACGAGGAGAGAAAGGGUCUCCAGGAGGAGGGUCAGAUGGUGCUGGAUCAAAAGGAGAGCCAGGAGAACGAGGAGUCCCUGGUCUUAACGGACGACCAGGACCCAAAGGAGACUCAGGGGAACCAGGAGAGAGAGGAGAGAAUGGACGCCCAGGACUCUCAGGAAAGCCUGGGAUCCCCGGAAAACAGGGAGACAAGGGGGACAAAGGUGACGAUGGCACGCCUGGAGAACAAGGACUAUCAGGGAAGCCUGGAGAAAGAGGGCUUCGGGGACUGGCUGGUCAGCCCGGACGACCAGGAGAGAAAGGAGACGUGGGAGACCCAGGAGAGCACGGACGAAAUGGCAGUCCUGGACCUGCUGGACCGAGAGGAGAGAAAGGAGAGCUCGGACCUCAAGGGCCUCCGGGACCACCAGGAAAACUGGCUGACGCCCAGGCUCUGCUGAGAGGCGAGAGAGGUGAGAAGGGCGAUGCAGGCGACCCAGGAGAGCACGGCAGCAAAGGUCAGAAAGGCGAAGCAGGAACUCACGGAGCUCCAGGCCUGCGAGGUUCAGAGGGACCACGGGGGCCCGCCGGCACUAAAGGCGAUGCAGGAGAAAGAGGAGCACCUGGAGAGAAGGGAGACAGAGGAGCAUCUGGCUUGGAUGGGCGUCCUGGUCUGGAUGGUAAACCAGGCUCUUCAGGACCACCGGGACUAAGGGGUGAUCCAGGAAAACAGGGCGACUCUGGGAGAGAUGGAUUACCAGGAUUAAGAGGCGAGCAGGGUUCCCAGGGACCCAUUGGUCCUCCAGGAAAUCCAGGAAUACCUGGAAAAGCAGGUGAAGAUGGCAAACCGGGUUCUCCUGGCAAGAUGGGAGAGGAUGGAGUGCCCGGUGAAGAUGGCAGAAAGGGUGACAAAGGAGAAGCUGGAGCAGCUGGAAGAGAUGGCCGUGAUGGGCAGAAAGGUGACCACGGGCCUGCCGGGCCUGCGGGCCCCUCUGGUCCCCCGGGACCUCCUGGAUUGCCUGGCAGCAUUGGUCCUCCUGGACAGGUUGUGUACGUAAAGGGAGUCGAAGCUGCUCCAGUCCCAGGGCCACAGGGGCCUCCAGGAACACCCGGGGUUCCUGGGAUCCCAGGAGCAGGAGGAGCUCGAGGGGAGAGAGGUCUACCUGGUCCUAAAGGUGAAACUGGAGACCCAGGAGAGGAUGGGGCUCCGGGUAAACCUGGAACCGCAGUGGAUGUGCAAAAAGCUCUGGCCAGCUUCGGGAUUCAGGUGUCUGAUUUGAAGGAGGUGGUGGACGAGAAGGACACCAUGUCGUCUCCCUCAGUGCAAAAGGCAGAGAGGGGUGAAAAGGGAGAGCGGGGUGAAGCUGGAGCGAGGGGACCAUCCGGUGCAGAUGGUGCUCGAGGUUUUCCAGGAGAGAGGGGAAUCAAAGGGGAACAAGGGGAGAGAGGACAGACGGGACCAACUGGGCUCCCAGGAAGAGCCAUUGGAGAGCGAGGACCAGAGGGACCCCCGGGGCCCGCAGGAGAGCCUGGCAAACCUGGAAUACCUGGUGUUCCUGGAAGAGCAGGGGAACUCGGGGAGACUGGAAGACCAGGAGAAAAGGGAGAGCGAGGAGACAAAGGAGAUAAAGGCAAUGCUGGUCUAGUUGGACUAGCAGGACCAGCUGGGCCUCAGGGAGAAAAGGGAGCUCCUGGGGAAUCAGUUCUGCUUGGUACACCUGGGCUCAGAGGCCCCCCAGGCGAGAACGGUGAGCCUGGUCUUACUGGACCAUCAGGACCCAAAGGAGACCGGGGUUUUGUGGGACCUCGUGGUGAAAAAGGAGACCGAGGAGAGGUUGGAGAAAAAGGACGUAGCGGCUCAUUGGGUGAACCAGGACAACCGGGAAAACCUGGUCAGGAUGGAAAACCAGGCCCAGCAGGGCCUGCUGGUCCUCCAGGCCAACCAGGAAACCCAGGAGAGAAUGGCAUAAGGGGGCCAACUGGCCCUCUGGGUCCUACUGGACAGCCAGGUCCUCAGGGUUUGAAGGGUAAUCAAGGAGAACCAGGAGUUGGUGUCCAGGGUCCUCCUGGUGCUCAGGGAAGCACAGGUCUACCAGGACCACCAGGUCCUCCAGGAGCUGUAGGUCCGCAGGGCCCCCCAGGGCUCUCAGGGCAGGUGGGUGAGUCUGGUAAACCUGGAGUUCCUGGAAGAGACGGAGUCCCAGGGAAAGAAGGAAUUCCUGGAUUACCAGGAAAGCAGGGCAUUGCUGGACCUCAAGGACAGCAUGGAUUAAAGGGAGAGCAGGGGGACAGUGGCCCCCCAGGGAAGGCUGUAGCUGGACCCCCUGGAUCUAAAGGAGAGAUGGGCCCACCUGGUGUAACACUACCGGGCGUAGCUGGAGAGCGAGGCCUCCCUGGUGAAAAGGGUAAUAAAGGAGAAAAAGGUCCUGCUGGCACUAAGGGAGACAGAGGAACGAGUGGUGAAUCUGGAGAGCGUGGAGAAGAUGGUCAACAAGGAUCUGCUGGGCCUAAAGGAGAUAAGGGAGAGAAAGGCAUAGGCCCAGCAGGCCCACCUGGCCAUGUUGGACCUCCAGGUCUGAAGGGGGAUCCAGGCCUUCCUGGCUCAGCUGGUCCUCCAGGGCCCCAAGGAAAGGCAGGAGACCCUGGGCUGCUUGGUGUAAGAGGAGAAAAUGGACAACCAGGACCUCCUGGACCCUCAGGGGAGAGGGGUCUCCAAGGAUUUGCAGGCCGUCCAGGAAAUGCCGGAGCUCCUGGUCCUUCUGGACCUCCAGGACUGGCUGGCUCUCCUGGUACCAAUGGAGUCAAAGGGGACAAGGGGGAUGUUGGUGUAGGCAUCCCUGGUUCCAGAGGAGAGAGAGGAGAUCCAGGGCCCAGAGGCGAGGACGGGCGAGCUGGGUUGGAUGGAGAGAGAGGAUCAACUGGACCCUCAGGGGUUCGAGGCACUCGGGGAGAAAAGGGAGACAGCGGACCACAGGGUGAAAAAGGAGAAAAGGGAGACACUAAGCUGGUGGGAGGACCUGCUGGAGAAAAGGGCAACAAAGGAGAAACAGGUGACAGAGGACCCAAAGGUACACAAGGAGAAAAGGGGGUUAAAGGUCAAGAGGGUCCAUCAGGAGAGCAGGGUCAGAGAGGAGAACCUGGAGAACGAGGAUCCACUGGAUUUCCAGGGGCCCGGGGUCCUGGUGGACAGAAAGGGGAAUCAGGCGGGCCUGGAGUGCCUGGAGAAUCGGGUUUACCUGGAAAAGAUGGACUCUCAGGACGUAAAGGGGACAAAGGUGAAGAUGGCGUUGUAGGAUUGAGAGGAAUCAAGGGUGAUCGUGGAUCCAAGGGGGUUUGUGGAGCCAGCGGACCUAAAGGAGAAAAGGGUGAUGCUGGUAUUCAUGGACGAUCAGGCCUACCUGGCAGGAAAGGUGAACAGGGUGAUGUAGGGCCCCUGGGUGCUCCUGGAAGCCCCGGAAAAGAGGGAUUAAUUGGACCUAAGGGUGAGCGUGGGUUUGACGGUGUCUCUGGAGCCAAAGGAACUCAAGGAGAAAAAGGCGAAAGGGGAUCACCUGGUGUGCCUGGUCCUCCAGGCCCCAGAGGGACGGAUGGGCCUCCCGGCCUGAGUGGCCCACAAGGUCCAGCUGGGGCUAAAGGCCCUGAGGGGCUCCAGGGACAGAAGGGAGAAAGAGGUCCAAUCGGUCCUGCCAUGGUCGGUCCUCGAGGUAUCCCAGGAAUCCCAGGGGAGCGAGGAGAACCAGGAGAGAUCGGGCCAGAUGGAUCCAAGGGAGACAAAGGAGAGGCUGGCAUGACGGAGGAUGAGAUCAGAGAGUACGUUCGCUCAGAGAUGAAUCAGCACUGCGCGUGUGGAGGUUCAGACCCAGACGUUGAGUCCCAGCCCGCAUUCAGGGCUCGGCCUACAACAGACAAACUGCUGGCUCUGAAGGGUCGUGAGCUGCGAGUGGUGCUGAACACCAACGAUCCAGACUACGAACACAUCUACUCCAUCGAGGCCCUGGAUGACCCUGUGGACGACCUGCUCUACUUCUCCACACAGGCAGCCAACGAGUCUGAUGGUGAGGAUUACAAGGACUCUGAGAAGAACGGUAACGUCGACGCAGAUAAAUCUGCAAUCGCUGACGUUCAGACAAAGGCAACAGCUGAUGAGAAAACGGAGCAAGUUGCACCUCUGACUGCAGACAAGUCCGGAUCAGUCAGGUCCAAGAGGACCGUCAAAGGGGAAGGUUCAACAGACGUAUGCCUGCUGCCCAUGGAUGAGGGCGACUGCCACCGAUACACCCUGCGCUGGUACUUCAACAGUCACUCUGGAGCCUGCAAGCCGUUCGUCUACGGCGGCUGUAAAGGAAACGACAAUCGCUUCCUCCAGCAGGAAGAGUGUGAACAGGUCUGCCUCAGGGAGGUCAAAGUGAAAACUGGGAUUCAUCCAGGAAGAGAGCAUCUCUCCAAUGGGACAUACGCCAUAGAAUGUGAGCACUUGCCCACUCAAGUCGGUGACGACGAUGAACUGCAGUCUGGUGGAGAUCCCGAUGAGGGCAACGAGCAUGCAGAUGAGCUUCCCUAA